ACACACACACACACACACAGAUACACUCACUCUUUCCCCUCACUCUGUCUUUCUCUCUCUCUUCUCUUUUCUCCCUUUUACCUUUUCUCUGUCUAUCUCUCCAUCCUCUCUAUUUCUCUUCCUCUCCGUUCCUUCUCACAAUUUCAUUUUCUCUCGUUCUGCAGUUAGACUGGUGGGCUUUGCAUUCUUAUUACAAAUAUAAUCAAAAGCUUAUGUCUGGGAGGGAGGAAAAAAAGAGAAAUCCUUCUUGUCUACUGUUUCUUUGGGAAUCCCAGCAACAAAGGAUCCUAUGAAUGAAUGAAUAUUUUAUGUAAAAUGGUGAGAGAUUCUCUCUCAAGCGCAAAAAGCAUGUCAUUACUUUUUUCUGUUCUCUACCUGCUUGCCUCUCCUUCUAUUCUAUGUUCUUUGUCUCUGUCUAUCAAUAUGACUAUCAAUGUUCAUUCAUGAUCAUGGUCAUCUUUAGCAUCAAAUUCAUCUUCUUCACAACUAUCCUUAUCUUCAUCAUCAUCAUCAUCAUCAUCAUCAAUAUGUUACUUUGCUUUAUGUAUGCCAGCCACAUCUUCGUCAUCUUCCUCUUUAUGUGUACCAUCAUCUUCAUGUGUACCAUCAUCAUCAUUUUGCAUCAUCAUCAUCAUCAUCAUCAUUAUUAUUUUUAUUCUAGAAUAUUUUUUAUUUUAUGUGUACGUAUUCCAGCAAUAUCAUCAUCCUCCUCCUCACUCUGUGACUUCAUCUUCCUCCUUCAGGUCCAGCCCUGUUGGCGGUUCAUCCGCUGGCGGUGACCGUUGCUGAGUUCAGUGGGCACAGUUAUGUCAUUUGCAUGGGACAGGCUCAUUUCCAUGUCAUCACUCUGAGACUGGCGCUGGUCGCGUGGAGGUGCUCAGUGUGAUGUGUGUGAGACAGUGUUCCAUGGUGUGGGAAUGAGACUCAGAGGGAGGGAUCUAGAAGAUUCCGCGGACUCCUGGAUACCGCACAUCUUGGGUGUGCAGAGCGUCAGACUUCGCCUCCGACUGGAUCGCCGUGACGACAAGGGGAGGGGUUGCUGGCAAUUGGUGGACAUAGAGAAAGAAGCGGAGGAGAGUGGGAGAGGACUGAAAAGUCAGCCUGUGGCCCAUAACUCUGAGAGUCUGAUGAGUAUUCCAGCCGUGUCAGCACAGUCAGGGGGUGGGGAGAUGCAAUCGCCGGGGGUGAUAAGCCCCUCCUUUCUCCCGCCCCCCGGCACAAAAGUUCCGGGACGGAAGAGAGGCCGCCCACCAAUCAGGAAGCUGGAGUUUCAGAGCCGCUACCCAGAACCCCUCCCACCCAUUAAAGUGCCCAAGAAGAGGGGCAGAAAACCAGGCUUCAAGCUGAAGUCUCGUAUGGUGAUGACCCCCAUCUCUCCACCCAGUAGCACCCCAGAGCCUGACAUGAGCUCCAUCCCACAGGACGCCGCUACCAUUCCACACUCAGCCACGCCACAGAUACUCACAGUGUGUAUCUACGUGAAUAAGCAUGUGAACACCGGGCCAAAUCUGGACCGGCAGAAGGUCCUGCAGCUACCGGAUCACCUGGGUCCAGCCCGCCCCUCCGUGGUGCUCCAGCAGGCUGUCCAGGGCUGCAUAGACAGCGCUUACCAGCAGAAGACUGUGUUCACCCUGCUGACACAGGGCUAUGGAGGAGAGAAGAUCUCAGCCACCUUUGACGGUAAGCAGCACCUGUUGAGUCUGCCGGUGGUGAACAGCGUGGGGUACGUGUUGCGCUUCCUGAAGAAGCUCUGCCGCAGCCUCCUCUGCGAGAACCUGUUCAGCGACCAGCCCAUCCCGCCCUCCUCGUCGGCCUCGUCGUCGCUGUCCUCCUCCUCCUCCUCCUCGUCCCUCUCCUUCCACAACGACAAGAUGGCCGACGGGCAGCCCAAGGCCACGGACUCUCCUAUGCGUGAGGAUUACCACGCCGACGGCCUGGACUCCAGCAAGAGGUACUCGGUGGACCCCAGCGACUCGGCCUUCGGGGCGAUGACAUCGCCGUACCCGCCUAAACCGGCCUAUGGGUUCCGUUCUGGCCCCGCCUACCCUGGGGGCGUGUGCCGACAGGCGUCCAGCCCCGGGGGCUUCCAGGAAGGAAACAGAAGUGCCUACAGUCCAGUGCCAGAGACGUCCGAGUCCAGGCCGCCCCCCAGUAAGGACCCCUCCAGCUGGACGGUGGAGGAGGUGGUGUGGUUCGUCAAGGACGCCGACCCACACGCCCUGGGCCCGCACUCCGAGGUGUUCAGAAAGCACGAAAUUGACGGCGAUGCCCUGCUGCUACUGAAGAGUGAUAUGAUCAUGAAGUACCUGGGCCUGAAGCUAGGGCCUGCUCUCAAGCUCUGUUACCAUAUCGACAAGCUGAAGCAAAACAAGUUCUGACCAAUCACAGAUGUGCAUACUCAAACACAUACACAAAAACAUAAACACUCACACGCAGACACACUUUGACAUAAACUGUCACACACAUGAGCAGUUUUUCUUUCUAUAAACGGACUCUACCUGCACUUUUGCAUAUCCUAUCUUUUUUUUUUUGUUUGUUUGUUUUUUUUUACUUUUGUAAUUUGUUAUAUUUUGAUGGGGUCAAUUGUGAAUAGUUGCAUUUGUGCACAGUUCAACACCGCACUUGAACUCAAGCAAAGGGUGCAAAAAGUGCUAGGUGCUAGCGUCUGUUGAUAGGUUCUAGCAUCUGUUGAUACGCGUAAACGUCUAUGGAUAGGUGCUAUUGUCUGUCCGUAGGUACUAGUGUCUGUGGACAGGUGCUAGCGUCUGUAGAUAGGUGCUAGUAUCUGUCCAUAGAUGCUAGCAUCUGUCCACAAGAUGCCUGGAAGUGAGCUUCACUCACUCACGACACAGCACUGUACCCCCUCUUGUUUUUCUGGCAGCUUUAAUAGUGUAGCGAAGGAAGUGUGUGUGUGUGAGUGUGUGAGUGAGUGAAUGCAAGAGAGAGAGAGAGAGAGAGAGACUGAAUGCAGUGCACUGUUUCUCCAUCCAAUACCAUUCCCCCUAGAUUGUAUCGUUCUUUAAUGCUGAACUGACACCCUGUGGCCACCUCUAGGUACUACAGUUAAAUGCUGCACAACACCAUCUCCUGACUGUGUUACUCAUUCACACACAUACACACACACACACACACACACACACACACACACACACACACACACACAGAUGUAUUCAUAGCUGCAUUCUCUAGCUUCUCUAGUACACUACAGGUAUAUAGGUGAUGCUAUGGCCAGUAGAAGUAGCAUCGUUGAUUAGUUGUAUAUUUUGAUUCUUGGCUGUGUCAUCGUGCUCAUCAUUACCAGAAUCCCCUUCAGAUAGAAUAUAGUUCUGUUCAGAAACUACUAAACAUGACAACAUUUAUGUGUGUGUGUGUGUGUGUGUGUGUGUGUGUGUGUGUGUGUGUGUGUGUGUGUGUGUGUGUGUGUGUGUGUGUGUGUGUGUGUGUGUGUGUGUGUGUGUGUGCGCACGCUCUUGUUAUUAAUGUGCUGAGCACAUAGAGUUUGUGUAGUGGUCUGGAUUUGGCAUCUGGUUUUGUUUGAUUAUAUCAAGUUUUCCUUAUUCGGAAAGUAUAGCUUGAAAAACAAAAUGGCACAAUUUAAUAAUUGCCAUUGAAGAACCUCUCAAAGUUAGAAUCAACAUUUUAUUUAAACUCCUAACAUUGUUAUUGGAUAUGAACAAUGAAAACAAUUUUUUGAAAAUAUUUUUUUCUUUCAGAAUAUUGAAAACUCUCUCUGUCACACACACACACACACACACACACACACAUACACACAUACACGCACACACACCUCAUCCAGCUGGACAACUUUCAGGACAAUCGCCUCACCAGCCAUGCUUUUCUUUGUUGCCAUGGAGCAAGAAUACAAAUCCCCAUGUGUGAAAGUUGUUUUGUUACCAGAAAAAAUGGCUGAAAUCUGUAUUAUUUUUGCUCCCAUCAAGAGGCAUAACUAAAGGACAGGCUUGGUUAGAAUGGGGAUCACUAGCCGAUGAAACAAACAAACAAACAGCAGGCAUAGCCUUUCUACACUUACAUAAACUUGUAAAUACCAUAUUAAUUUAGAAGCAUUGUGAUAAAAUAACAUGGUUUACCUUUUUUCCUCUUCUGUGUACGAAGCUUCAGGUUUUUACUUCACCUUGUUGAAUGGCUUUGUUCAUCCUGUCUUACUCAAGCUUGUUAAGUUCGCCUGUUAACAGCAAUGUAGUGUGCUGCCAUGCACCUUUGUGUGACCUGCUAGACCACACACACACACACACACACACACACACACACACACACACACUAAAACACU